AUGAACCUUUUUAUUUUUGUCCUACUUUUGUCCAUUUGGGCAAAUAAUUGUUUACAUGAAAACCAAAGUGAUGGAUCUACUACAGGAGCUAAGCAACUUGAAUCAACACAAACAGAAGACAGCAGAAAACAUAUAUUUAUUAUAGUAGUUGGUAUUAUGAGCACAGCUUUUAUCUGUACCUCUUUUUGCUGCUUCCAUUAUAAUUAUUUGAGCAGAGAUGUCCCCGAAGAAAAAUUGGUCAAGAAACGUGUAGCAUCCAAGUCAUCCAGGUCAUCCAAACUAUUCAGUAAACACAAGACAGACAAUGAAUGUAUUCCAGAGAAACAACCCAUGUUAUCUGGUAUAGACACGUUAUCAGAGCUCUCAAGUCAAGAAACAAUAUUCAUAUCAUCCAGUUCAGAAAAUGUAAUCAGGUACUCAAGUUCAGAAAAGUCAUCUAAACCGUCUAGUAAAACAAAGUUCAUCAAGCCAUCAGGCCCAAAAAGUGUGUCCAGGUCAUUCCACCUGGGAAAGUCAUAUAGAAAACACAGUCUAGAUAAGCCACAUAAGCUGGUUUAUGCCCAUAAGGUAGGCAGCUAUGACCGUUCAUCCUACCCAAAUAGGGCAGUCAGUCCAACUUCAAUAGCCAGUCUACACUUUCCACUGGAGUCAACCAAACCACAUCAUCCAACCUGUAGAAGAAGUCAAACCUUGCUACCGGAGUCAUCCAGUUUAAAGAAAUUUACCAAGUCUACCAUACAUCAUAAUAUAAAAAGAUCAGUUAUUGCAAGUAGGGCAGACAUGUUAUCUAAGUCUCCAUUAGUCAAGUCUUGUGCACACUAUAUGGGAAAAAGACCUGUUUGCAGAACGCCUGAGUCUUUGGUUAGUGAUAUUUCUGAGGUCAAGAAUACAAAUGCUCAAAACCCACCUUUCCCACGUGAAGAGAAGCUUUUUUCCAAGUGUUUUCAUAAGGUAGAUUCCAGAGACUAUGCAUUCCAUGACGAUGUGAAGAGCAGUGAUGAUGACAGUGAGAGGGAAAUAACCAUUUUUUGCAACGUGAGACUCAAAGAAGUCAUUGUUAAUAAAACCACAAGUAAUAAAGAGCUCAAUAAAAACAAUCACCUGUGA